AUGGCCACCAUGACGGGUCGUGAUGUGGCCAAACAGAUCGUGCUGGAGAUGGGGAAGAAGAACGGAUACAUCCCGGACGAAGUACUUGCAGAGAUGCAACAUUCACUGUCCGAAAAAUCGUGCAACAUCAUCUUGGACGCCGUGAGCAAUUUGAAGCACCAAGCUGCCACGUCCGUUAAAACACUCGCCCAGAAUCUCUAUUCGAGCAGCGCAAAGUUUGUCUUUGAGUUGCUACAGAACUACGACGACAACCACUACGACAGCGACCGCGGCCCACCGAGCGUGGCCUUUCACAUUUACCCGGACCGGAUCGUGGCUUCGUGUAACGAGAACGGCUUUACAGAAGAGAAUGUCUCGGCCAUCUGCAGCGUCGGCCAGAGCUCCAAGAAGAAGACAAAAAACCAGUUGGCUGGUGAUGUGGGCUACACCGGGGAAAAAGGCAUUGGCUUUAAGUCGGUUUUCAUGGCCGCGGAAGAGGUGCACAUCCAGUCGGGUGACUACUCGUUUCGUUUCAAAUACCCCAAGGGAGACUCGGGGCUGGGCAUGAUGACACCGAUCUGGACUGACUAUAACGAGACGCUCGAUGCCCAGCUCAGCCACAUCACGUUGACACUACGAAGCGAUGGGCAGCUUGGUGACGCUGUUAGGAGACAGGAGAUCAUCCACGAACAGUUUUACAACAUCCACGACUCCAUUCUGCUGUUUAUGAAGAAGCUCCAGGAAAUCAAAGUCUCCUUUUACGACUCUGAGGAGAAUCUGCAGUCCACCACCACCUUUUCCAUUGAUCGUUUGCGGCACCAAACCACUGUGAAGAAAUCCGUGACAACGUUCGACAACCAGAACACGGAGCAAGUCACCGACGUUGUUAAGAGCUAUGUUAUGAUUAAACACAUUGUCAGGGAUCUCGCCCCGAAUGAAAACCGCAAGGACUUGGAUAGCGAGGCACAAACUACCACAGACGGUGUGGUGGUUCUUGGCUUUCCUAUUGAUACACACUCCGAGCCGGUCCUACAAAACGAGUACAUUUUUGCGUUCUUGCCCGUCAAGAUAAUGGGUUUCAAGUUCCUGAUCCACGCCGAUUUCGUCACACAGGCCAACCGAGAAGACAUCGUUGUCACAUCGGACAGGAACCAUGGCCUUGCUCGCGGCAUCGCAGAAGCUUUCAUCAUGGCAGUUAGCCAGUUCUCUACCCACGCCACACUUCGGUAUCAGUGGAUGCGAUACCUUCCGCGUGAUAGCGACUAUCCCUGGGACGGAUUUUGGAAAAGUGUCAUCCAAGACAUCCGUAGCCGCUUGGGACGAAUGGCCAUCCUGCAGUCCCAGGACGCCUCCCAGCCUCUGCUGUCAAUUGGUGACUCGCGCCGUCUCUUACCCAAAUACCAGCACAAGGACCUAAUCCUGCUGGAAGAUUACGGUCUUACUACAGUGUCAAACUGGGAGUGGGUCGAGCGCGUGGAGCAUGACUUGGCUUCAGACGCUUCGGUGAUGAAAUCGACCGACGACGAGGACUGGCACAUGCGCGUGGCGGACCUCCUGUACGCGUUAUCCGACUCAGAAUCAGAAGAAGUCCGUGAGGCCGUGCAGCAACUGCAGCUAUUCCCUCUGCGGGACGGGAGCUGGGUGUCGGCCAGCCCCGGGCCUGUGUACUGUCCACAACCCGAGGGCACCAGCUUGGUCAUUCCCCCGCGAGUGAACCUGGCCGUGGUGGAUGCCACUGCCUUUGCCAACGUUUCAAGGGAGCGCCUCUUUAACAAACUGGGAGCCCGUGCUGCGCCGGUCAAGACUGUCCGCGAGGCAAUUUUCAAGGAACACCAAAACCUCGGCACCAGCAGUAUCCAGUGGACAGACCUCGUCCAGCACACCCACUUUCUUUAUCUAACACACCAUCUGGUGAGCAGUCCCUACGACUACAACAGGCUGUCCAUUGGUCCGCGUAAGGGACACCUCAAAAAAUCGUGCAACACCGAUGUCGAUAUGUACAUUGCAGAUGGCACACCUUACGGAGUGGAGAUUUUGCUUUCGUCCGACAACGAUGCACCGGGAUUCGAGCCCCUUUUCGUCAUGGCCGACGUGUACUUCAAGGAUGUACUAAGCCUUCCGACACCGACAAGUCCGACUUUCAAAGACUGGCUCCACAUAUUCCACGGAGUGCGUCGAGACCUACGCCUGAUCCAUACGGAUGGGAAGGCUCUGUCUCCCAUUGGCAACUAUAUUGCCGAACACCGACCCGAAAAGUUUCUCGGCUUUUUGCAGAGAACGUGGGGAGGCGUCGUAUUGCCAUCCUCGGACAAAAAGCUCAUCACCGGGGAGAUCGCCAAUCUCGAGGUCCUCUGCCAGGAAGGAAAGAAGGUCCGCCUCGGUUCGACCUACUUUCCACUCGGGAGUCUCAAAAAGCUGUCCGAACGGUUCCUGGUCGACGAGUUCUUUCCGUGGUUGCAGCUAGAGAGUGAGAUUACCGACGACGAGGUGUUUCUCUCCAGUUGGGCGGCACUGGGCAAAGCUUUUGGACUCGGUUACCACUGCACAACACUAUCGUUUCUGCUUGAUAUCCUGAGAUACAUAAAGAAGCAUACUUUUGCGGAGGACAUUGUCAAUCCUAGGCGUAUAUACGAGCUUUACGUUCGUAUCCAGGCCGAGGUGCAAGCUGCCAGUCCAGAAGAUGGACUAAUCGAACAGAUCAGGCUCGCUUUCAAUUCGGACGAGUUAAUCUUCACCGGCCACACGGAUUCUGCAUGUGCAACAUGGUCCUGUCCUGAAGAUUGCGUCUGGGAGUCACCGGUCGACAUGAUCAACAAGGGUUCUAUCGCCAGACGCUGUCAAAGUAGCUUCCCGGACCUGUUCGUACAAGAGCGCUCCAAUCUGCAGAAUUUCUUCUCCACAACACUGCAAAUCCGGGACGCAUACUGGCGUGACUUGCAGUCCGAGAUUGUCUAUAUGCAUGACAAUGACAUACAUGACCUUUACAAGGCUAAGGAACUGUACACUCGUCUUUCCGAAUGUCUGGAGAGUCUCGAUGAAGACGAGCUGAGUGAGCUCAAAGACGAAUUCAAAAGGUGGGGGCUGAUUUACGUCUCCAGCGAAGACGAUCCCGACGACGGCGGCUGGUACACACCCAACCAGUGUUUAUGGACAAGCGCCACGAAGAUCCGCGGCAAGGUCACUCUCAGCGUCAUUUACCCAGACUUGAAGAGUUUCUUUAUGGAUUGUCUCGGCAUGCGGACAAUGACGGUCAAGAUGGUCUAUGACAAGCUAACGGGGCCCCUUCUGUCUGUCGAAGACACAAAGCAGACCAUCCAUGCAUUCAACUCCUUGUUAGUUCAGGACGCAGAUGCAAGAGAAAUGGUCGCGACCAAUGUAUUUGAAAAGCAAGUGUUUCCCGUCCGCCUCCCUGGCGGUACUGUGCAGCUUUGUCAAGGAACCGACAGCUUCUUUCUUGUGAAUCGCCAGUCACUCGCAGACGAGUUUGCCGGACAAGUCAAGUUGUUUGAUUUUGACAUGGGCGAGGUCCGCUCCUUGCAACCGUUCAUCGCGUGGGUGGGACUUGGGCACAAGUACCUGUCGAAAAUGGUUAGGGAGAACUCCUGCGUUGUAGGAGAUGAUAAACGGCCUAUUUCGUGUAGAGAUCGCGAUAUCCGCCGAAAGGCUCGCGCUCUCCUUAGUCUGGCCGUGGCAUACAACAGUCCCCGGGUAUACGGUAGCCGAGAAAAGUCAUUCUAUACGCUCCUUCGACACGCCGAGACAAUCGAAACAGACCGCAUCACGUCUGAGCUACACCUGGACCAAGAUGGAAAAGUCCUGAAGGUCGAACGAGCCGCCGCAACAUUCCACAUCCAAGACGAUGACACGUCAGUCAAGUUCUAUGUGCCACGAGACGAGACCACGCAGGAGCUAUGUUUCAAUGCAACGUUGCCAAAAAGCAUUUGCCUAUGGAUGAUGGCCAAUCCAAUGACCACGAUCGGCUCAGACAUGAUCUUUGCCGCCCAGGCAGUUUUGUGCGCAAAAUGUGUUGCCAUGAAUGUGAUCCUAGAUCACCAUGGUAUCAAGCUAGCCUCUGUCCCUGAGGGAGAAGACGACGAUGAGGAUGAGGAAGUUGUUGCCCCGCAAACAUCCAUCGAGGCGCCGGGGAGAUCAUCCAUCGAGGCGCCGGGGAGAUCAUCCAUCGAGGCGCCGGGGAGAUCAUCCAUCGAGGCGCCGGGGAGAUCAUCUGUCGAGGCGCCGGCGAGAUCAUCUGUCGAGGAGCCGGGGAGAUCAUCCAUCGAGGCGCCGGGGAGAUCAUCUGUCGAGGAGCCGGGGAGACCACUGCAAGUGGAUGAGGUGGCUGUGACAACUCGAUCGAUUUCGCUUGCGUCUGUUCCGCAGCAGCGCGUGGCGACGUUUCAUAGUAACGAGGAGGAGAUAAUCUCCUCGAGAUCGAACACGCCCUUUACCUUUAGCGGACAAGCAGAGGCUCACGGCAGCGGGAUGACACCCGACUCAAUUACUUUUGCAUCACCCACGACGGCCACGACAGCGUCGAUAGUGACGAUAUCAACGACAGUCACGGAUGAUGGAGAGCUGUACCUUUCAUCACUUUUCGCUCGCACCCAUGUCUCGACAGAUUCGGCGUCACCCGUGUCACAGGCUCCUGACAACAGCUACUCUGUGCUCCUCGACCUUGUCGUGCAAGCGGCGACACAGGCAAGCAUUCCGUCGCGUGGCAAUGUCUCCAUGUCCACCAUACAAAGCACGGGCGCGCAACGCGGCAACCGAUGGCUCCAGCAUGCCUCCCUGGACGAGAAAUACAAACAAAUUGGCGCCGCUGGCGAGUUAUUUGUCUACGCGCUUUUGUCUCAUAUGGGGGACGGUGUCUUGCCAGGAUUCUCUUUGCAAAACUGGCAGAGCACCAUCCGGGGCUACGCCCGCAGCCAUCCGUUGUACGCGGACAUUCAAAACUGGGUUGGUCAAGAAACAGCCGACAUCACCUACGAGGAUGUCGAUGGCACUCUCACCGCCUUACUCAUGGACAAGGGCUACCUCGCGCACGAGGUAUGGGCGUCUGCCCGACCACGAUACUUCAUCGAGGUCAAGACAACCGUCAACGCCGCCGUUGCCACGCCGUUCUAUAUGAGCAACCAUCAAUACACGCGAAUGCAAAACUGUUCUCCUGAUGGUCUAGACGGCCAUCAUGCGCUCGAGAAUGUUUACAUGAUCAUUCGUGUAUUUGGUCUCGGCGCGGGAUUUGUUGGCUUCCAGCUGCUGGUCGAUCCAGAAAGCAUGCGCCGGCGUGGUGAACUGGCGUUCACGGCGCCAGAGUCUUGGACUGUCGUUGUGCUGUAA